GCUGGCUAGAAGUGAUCUCUGAGACGUCUGGGUGAUGUUCCAUUCUUACCGAAAACUCAAAAUUGAGAACUCAGCCAAGACACGCUGGCCUUGCGCGCUGUCACGAUGAACUUCUACGCGUAGACCCCCGGGAUCGCUACAGGUUCAAGAUGAUUCGCACGGACUCUUUGACUGACGGGGAUAAACUCCUGAUCAUCGCGAGUGGAUUCGGAUUCGUCGCUUUCGUACUGGCAGCGACCGUAUGCAUCGUCCAGCCCACAUGUUUCAUACACAGAAAAAUAUGGGGCAAACGGGAACGAGAGCGUGCUGCGCGCAUCAAGGCUGCGCAGCAAAUGGGGAUCCCGAUCCCUCUGGCUGUUCUCUCGCCAGAAAUGAGGAAAAGUCAGCCAUCUCUAACCGAGGAUGAAGAGGACAAAAAGGAAGCCACAACGACUUUCGCUUUCCAAAGAGGCGGAGUAAGAGACUCCACCUACUCCUCCAUGUCGAGCGGCAGCCGCGGCGACGCCUCCAUAAUCGUAAGUGAAAGCGAUUCCAUUCCCGAGACGAGUAUCCCCGAGGAAGGCCUGGUACAGGGACACGUCACGAUCACGGUACGGUUCCUGCCUCAGCCAGAUCUCGAGAACGAACGCAUUGUUGGUCAGCUGGGCGUCAAUGUUAAGGACGCGCAAGACCUACCUCUGCGGCCCUACGGUGGGCUCUGCGAUCCUUACGCUGUUGUUCAGGUGGUGCGGGACGUAAGGAGAAUGCGCAAAAAGAAGAAAGGUCCCUCCAAAAUUUGUGAAUUCAAAACACAGGUCCGACGCAAAACCCAAUGCCCGCUCUUCAAUGAUGGAUUCCUCGUGCCGGUGACGCUGACGGACAUCCGGGAAGGAGGUUUAUGGGUUAAGGUUUUCGACGCCGAGAAAUAUUCGAAUCAUAGCAAUUUGGGAGAAGCCAUCCUUCCGCUUAAGCGAUACGAUCUCGAGCAACAAAUUCAAGAGCAUAUCGUGACCCUCGACCUGUCCUCGCCCUCUACGCACCUCGGAGAAAUUCAGAUGGGUCUCAACUAUUUGCCCACAUCGGAACGGCUGACAAUCAGAGUCUUGAGCUGCACGAAUAUCCAAAUCAACAAAUCGAACGCCCAGGAAAUGACCGAACUCGUCUUCCGAAUGCUGCUCUAUCACGGCGGUAAACUAGUGAAGCGCAAGAAGUCGACACCCAGGGUUGUAGGGACCAUGAGCCCGAACUUUGACGAGAGCCUCACGUUCGACGUUCCUCAAAGCGAAAUUGACAACGUGACCUUCGUCGUUGUGCUUUGCGCUUCAUGUCUGAGCGUUUCCUCGCCCGAGACCCCUGUGUCGCCAACGGCGAGCUUCCAGGAUAGCCCCCGCGAGUACCUCGGAAAGGUUACACUCGGAAGCGGCGUUAAAGGCUCAUGCUUGCGGCAUUGGGAGAGCAUGAAGUUGUCACCGAGACGUGAAGUUGUUCAGUGGCAAGCUCUUGUGUGAUUGGAUCUCAAGCUGUGGGGGAACCACUUCGAGAAUACGAUGAGCUGUUCCUCGGCACAGAUUGACGGUGAUCCCGGAGGGCGAUCCGAAGGAAAUUCUGGCGACUAAUACAAAUUAGCUCUUUAGAGGGCAAAAAAUUGAUCAAGGCGCUCCGGCACUAUUGUUUGUGACAGAAGUGACAAAUCUGUGAUAAACGCGCAAUCUCCAAAAUGUGGAGGAUGAGCCUCUACGUGUUUCACCACUGCUUAAGUCGCCUAACGGAACAUAUAAAGGGCGAAUGAACCUUAUCCCAAUCAAUCAAUUGGAAUAUCGCAUGACAUCACUCGACUG